UUAUUUGUUUCGAGUUACCUCCUCUUUCUUCUCUCACUCGCUAAAGAACCUAUUUUGAGCAUAUCUGCUGUAAAGGUUCUGAUUCCCACACGCAAGUGUGAAGGAUUGCACACAGGAAGCCAAGUUUAAAACGAGAAUAUCUAGAGAGCAGAAGAGAGAGCUCUCUCUUUCUGUCUCUCUGUUUCUAUUCUACAUUGUUAUAAGCCUAGCGCAGCGAAGCUUACUCAUCACCAUCGCUGUCGUUCUGUGAUCAUCCUUGGGGUCAUCUCUCUCGUUCUUUCUCUGUCUUUAACAGCUGGGUUUUUGAGGUCUACUUAUAAAUCUUGAUCACAGGCUUGCCUCGACAAUCUGCACCGGUCCUUCUGGUGAUGUGGAUUUUACCCACGUCAGGUUUUUGGUUUGUUCCUUGGAAAAUUUUGAUACCUACUCCUCCCUUUGUCCAUUUCUGGUGAUAGAUAUCGUGCAGGAGUGAGACGAACAAAGUUCAAGCUAUUUUCUUCGUCUUCGUUUUCCGUGUUCGUGAGAUUCUGUUCUGUUUUGUUCUCGUGUGCAAUGUGUCUCCGGAGUCUAUCUCCAGAUACGCAUUCCUCUUCUUCAUCUCCUUCGGGGUGAAAUGCCCUUCUUCCAACGCUCUGAUCUCUUCUUCUGCUUAGCUUCACGCCGACUCACUCCUCUCAAUUGUCGCGACAUUCAUUAAUGGCUAUCUCGCAAUUGCUCGACAAAAUCUUUUCUUCAUUGCCAUCAAGAUCGCCGAACUCCCUUUUGACAACGAUCGUAGGAUUGCCCGUUUUGGAACUAGCCGCAAUCUGCGUCAACUUAACUAUUCUUCUCGUGUUUCUCCUUGUAAUCUCAGCGAGGCAGAUAUACGUGUGUGUUGGUCGAAUUCGAAUAUGCAAGGAAAACACGACUGGCGAUCCAAAUCCAAUUCGUCAUAGUUAUAUCGACAGAAACACACACGACGUUAGAAUCGGUUCGAGUUUCAAAUUGGCAUUGCUCUGUUGUUUCUAUGUGCUCUUUGUUCAAGUCCUGGUGUUAGGAUUUGAUGCAGCUGCUUUGAUCAGAGAAUCGACUCAUGGGAAUACAGUGAACUGGUGGCUUCUUUCUUUGCCAUCCGCGCAGGGUUUAGCUUGGUUUGUAAUCAGCUUCUCCGCUUUGCAUUGCAAACUCGACUUGUCCGAGAAGUUUCCGUUUUUGUUGAGGAUUUGGUGGUUUGUCUCAUUUGUAAUUUGCUUGUGCACUUUGUAUCAUGAUGGGAGAGUACUUAUGGUGGAAGGUUCAAAACAUCUUUCUUCUCAUGUUGUGGCAAAUUUUGCUGCCACUCCAGCUCUUGCUUUUCUAUGCAUUGUUGCAAUUCGAGGUGUUACUGGCAUAAAGGUUCGUAGAAACUCUGAUCUUCGAGAGCCAUUACUUACUGAAGAAGAAGAAGAAGAAGCAGGUUGUCUCAAGGUCACUCCAUAUAGUGAUGCUGGGAUUUUUAGCCUGGCCACUCUCUCUUGGCUCAACCCGCUUCUCUCAAUUGGGGCUAAGAGACCGCUUGAGCUCAAGGACAUUCCCCUCCUUGCGCCAAAAGAUCGAGCUAAGACCAAUUAUAAGAUUCUGAACUCUAAAUGGGAGAGAUUGAGGGCUGAAAAUCCUUCAAAGCAGCCUUCUUUAGCUUGGGCAAUUCUCAAGUCUUACGGGAAGGAGGCAGCUUGUAAUGCUAUCUUUGCUGGUAUGAAUACUCUUGUCUCGUAUGUAGGUCCAUACAUGAUAAGCUACUUCGUUGAUUACUUAGGUGGUAAAGAGACAUUCCCAUAUGAAGGGUACAUCCUUGCGGGGACAUUUUUUGCUGCAAAGCUCAUGGAAACCUUAACGACAAGACAGUGGUAUUUGGGGGUGGACAUCUUGGGCAUGCACGUCCGGUCAGCUCUAACAGCAAUGGUAUAUCGGAAGGGACUCAGGCUCUCAAGCUCGGCCAAGCAGAGUCACACAAGUGGGGAGAUUGUUAACUACAUGGCUGUGGAUGUUCAGAGGGUGGGGGAUUACUCUUGGUAUCUUCAUGACAUGUGGAUGCUUCCUCUUCAGAUCAUUCUCGCCCUUGCAAUUUUGUACAAGAAUGUUGGACUUGCUUCAAUUGCUACAUUGAUUGCCACAAUCAUUUCCAUUGUUGUUACUAUUCCAGUGGCUAGGAUACAAGAAAAUUUUCAAGACAAAUUAAUGGCCGCUAAGGAUGAAAGAAUGAGGAAAACAUCUGAGUGCUUGAGGAACAUGAGGAUCCUCAAGUUGCAAGCUUGGGAGGAUCGAUAUCGAAUACAGUUGGAAGAAAUGCGUGGAGUAGAGUUCAAGUGGCUACGUAAAGCCCUCUAUUCUCAGGCUUUCAUCACUUUCAUCUUUUGGAGCUCUCCUAUAUUUGUUUCUGCUAUCACUUUUGGCACUUCAAUAUUGUUGGGGGAUCAGUUGACUGCAGGUGGAGUUCUCUCUGCUCUUGCUACUUUCAGGAUCCUUCAAGAGCCUUUGAGGAAUUUUCCUGACUUGGUAUCGACAAUGGCCCAGACGAAAGUUUCUCUUGAUCGCAUAUCUAGUUUCUUGCAGGAGGAAGAAUUGCAAGAGGAUGCAACCACCGUCUUGCCACGAGGAACUUCUGACAUUGCCAUUGAGAUUGAGGACGGAGUCUUCUACUGGGACCCUUCUUCUAGGCCUACUCUUUCAGGGAUACAAAUGAAAGUGAAAAGGGGCAUGCGUGUGGCUGUUUGCGGCAUGGUCGGUUCUGGGAAAUCAAGCUUCCUUUCUUGCAUCCUUGGAGAGAUUCCUAAGCUUUCUGGUGAAGUAAGAGUGUGUGGUUCAGCGGCAUAUGUCUCCCAGUCAGCAUGGAUACAGUCAGGAAAUAUUGAAGAAAAUAUCCUUUUUGGAAGCCCUAUGGAUAAAGCAAAGUACAAGAGAGUUCUUCAUGCUUGUUCACUGAAGAGGGACUUGGAACUCUUCUCUCAUGGAGACCAAACAAUUAUAGGCGAUAGAGGUAUAAACUUGAGUGGAGGCCAGAAACAGCGGGUGCAGCUUGCACGAGCUCUUUAUCAAGAUGCUGAUAUUUAUCUCCUUGAUGAUCCUUUCAGUGCAGUUGAUGCUCACACUGGAUCAGAACUGUUUAACGAAUACAUACUGACAGCGCUAGCAGAUAAAACAGUUAUUUUUGUGACCCAUCAAGUGGAAUUUCUCCCUUCAGCUGAUUUGAUACUGGUUCUUAAAGAAGGCCAAAUCAUACAGGCAGGAAAAUACGAUGAUCUUUUACAAGCAGGAACAGAUUUCAAAACUCUAGUUUCGGCUCAUCAUGAAGCCAUUGAGGCUAUGGAUAUUCCUAACCACUCAGAAGAUUCAGAUGAAAAUGUGUCCUUGGAGGCAUCUGUUAUGGCCAGUAAAACGUCCAUUAUAUCUGCAAAUGAUAUUGAAAGCCUAGCCAAGGAAAUGCAAGAGGGUUCAUCAGUUUCAGAACAGAAAGCAAUCAAGGAGAAGAAGAAAGCAAAGCGGUCAAGGAAAAAACAACUUGUUCAGGAAGAGGAGAGGGUCAGAGGUAGAGUCAGCAUGAGGGUGUACUUGUCAUACAUGGCUGCAGCAUAUAAAGGCUUACUGAUUCCACCCAUAAUCAUUGCGCAAGCAUUGUUUCAGUUUCUUCAAAUUGCUAGUAAUUGGUGGAUGGCUUGGGCAAAUCCUCAAACGGAAGGAGACCAACCCAAAGUAACUCCUAUGGUUCUUCUUCUGGUGUACAUGGCUCUUGCUUUUGGAAGCUCUUGGUUUAUAUUUAUAAGGGCUGUUCUGGUAGCUACAUUUGGGCUAGCAGCUGCACAGAAACUUUUUAUAAAAAUGCUUAGAAGUGUUUUCCAUGCACCAAUGUCUUUCUUUGACUCCACGCCAGCUGGAAGGAUAUUGAACCGUGUAUCGAUUGAUCAGAGUGUUGUGGAUCUUGACAUUCCUUUUAGACUAGGAGGAUUUGCUUCGACAACAAUACAACUUAUUGGGAUUGUUGGUGUAAUGACAAAGGUUACCUGGCAAAUUUUGCUUCUGGUUGUCCCAAUGGCCGUGGCUUGUUUGUGGAUGCAGAAAUACUACAUGGCUUCGUAGGAGCUGGUCCGUAUAGUAAGCAUCCAGAAAUCUCCAGUUAUACAUCUUUUUGGUGAAUCAAUUGCUGGAGCAGCCACCAUCAGGGGUUUUGGACAAGAAAAAAGGUUCAUGAAGAGAAACCUCUAUCUUCUGGACUCUUUUGCUCGGCCAUUCUUCUGCAGUCUUGCAGCUAUUGAGUGGCUCUGCCUGCGUAUGGAAUUAUUGUCAACCUUUGUGUUUGCUUUCUGCAUGAUUUUACUAGUGAGCUUUCCACAUGGGAGUAUUGACCCUAGCAUGGCUGGUCUUGCUGUGACGUAUGGCUUGAAUUUAAAUGCCCGCCUAUCACGGUGGAUUCUUAGCUUUUGCAAACUUGAGAAUAAAAUAAUUUCUAUUGAAAGGAUUUAUCAGUACAGCCAAAUUCCGAGUGAAGCACCAACUGUUAUUGAAGACACUCGCCCUCCAUCCACAUGGCCUGAGAAUGGCACAAUCAGUAUAAUUGAUUUGAAGGUUCGUUACAAGGAGAAUCUUCCAUUGGUGCUUCAUGGAAUAUCAUGCACAUUUCCUGGUGGGAAGAAGAUUGGAAUAGUUGGACGUACUGGCAGUGGCAAAUCUACUUUGAUACAAGCAUUGUUUCGAUUGGUUGAACCAUCAAGCGGCAGUAUCCAUAUAGACGACAUUGAUAUUACAAGCAUUGGUCUUCAUGACCUUCGAAGCCGUCUCAGUAUCAUACCUCAAGAUCCAACCUUAUUUGAAGGGACUAUACGAGGCAAUCUCGAUCCUCUUGAAGAGCACUCUGAUAAAGAGAUUUGGGAGGCGCUAGAUAAGUCUCAGCUCAGAGAUAUUAUUCGGCAGAAAGAAGAAAAGCUUGAUACGCAAGUGCUUGAAAAUGGUGAUAAUUGGAGCGUAGGGCAGCGACAACUUGUGGCGCUGGGGCGGGCUUUAUUGAAGCAAUCAAGGAUACUUGUACUUGAUGAAGCAACAGCAUCAGUUGAUACAGCAACUGAUAAUCUUAUACAGAAGAUUAUUCGGACAGAGUUUAAAGAUUGCACUGUCUGCACUAUUGCACAUCGUAUCCCUACUGUUAUUGACAGUGAUCUUGUUCUAGUCCUCAGUGAUGGUCGAGUGGCAGAGUUUGACACGCCAUCCCGACUAUUAGAGGAUAAGUCCUCGAUGUUCCUGAAGUUGGUGACAGAGUAUUCAUCAAGGUCAAGUGGCAUACCAGAUUUUUGAACCGGAUGGCAUGCCUCAAGGCCUUCAGAUUUGGUGGUGACAAGAGAGCUCAAGACAGCUCAAAGGUUGAAGCAGCUAGUGCAGCCUCAGCUGUUGCUGCUGCAACAGGAUCAUUCGGCACAUUCAGGAAAAAGGGAAGGACAAGAGGUGCAAGUGACUCCCCAUGAAGCAAGCAAGCAAGCACCGAAAUGGGAAGGAAACUGUUAGAUUCUAGUUUGAAAGUUAAAUUCAUUUUGGAAGAAUUCAUGCAUGGAUGGAUAGCAUGAUUUGUAACACAAAAUAAGAUAGACUUCACUGUCAUUACGGGAAAGGGAAAUAAGGGCCUCUCAAAUUGGACUCAAUAUGCGCAAUAAUAAGUAGUCUUAGAAUCAGGCAUUAGUUUUUGUUCUUUGCUUGGUCAGGAGGGAGUGUAGAGCCGAACUAGUCUUUUUUUGUAUUCCACGGUUUCUUGCUACCAGAAAUUCAGUUUUAGUUGAUGUUUUCUUCUAAAUAGUUUAUUAUUGU